GAACAUUCCUAUGAGGACGUGGCCUUCUCGGUUGGAAUUGACCAUCAUUUUCAUGCAACUAACGGUGAAACGGUUAUGUAUAACAAACUCAUGGUUGAAAGUGAUGCAUACGAUCCCCUGACGGGUGUAUUUACUGCGCCGGUGGAUGGAACCUAUAUUUUUCACUAUCAUGGACUCGCUCAAAAUAAUCAGUUGAUUUGGUUGGAGCUUUACCACAACAAGGACUACGUUAACGCUGCUUACGGUCACACGGUGUCUGGGUUCGCUGAUGCCGGUAAUACUGCUGUGCUGCACCUUCAUUCGGGGGACAAGGUGUACAUAAAAACCAGAAAUAACAGAGCGAUUGACCUCUUUGGAACACCAAACGAAGUCUACGCCACAUUCUCAGGGAUUCUACUAGCCCCUGUAACCCACGAUUCCGACGAUUCCCAGUCUGAAGUUUCAUUUUCUGCUGGCCUUUCACAUCAUUUUUCGGGAACCACUCUAAUCUUCGACCGAAUUUUCUCUAACCGUGGAGGCGGAUACAGCCCGGUCACGGGGUAUUUCACCGCUAGAGAGAGUGGUAUUUACGUGUUUCAUUUCCACGCCUUGUCACGUUCUGAUGCUAAAGUCUGGGCGGAGUUGUACCAUAACUAUCACUAUAUCGACUCAUUGUAUGGUCGAUCUAAUGGAGAGUUCGCCGCCGGAAGUAACGCUGCAGUCUUAGAUUUAGUGUCAG